UUUUUUUUUUCCCCAAAGCAAACUUUAUUGACUGUUGACAAAAGUGUAAUGACCUACAUCCGGGACUUGGAGAAGCAUGGCUGUGUAUCAGGCAGCGGCUGGUAUCUUGGAGAAGCUUCAGCGCAAGGAAGGGGCAGUGAAAACUCUUGUGUAUGAUAGUGGUUUUAAGAAUGUACGGCGGCUGUAUGCACUUGUAUGUGAGACUUUGAGAUAUGCGUCAGCACUUGAGGACAUAAUAACAAGCUCAGAGUUGUUACGUGGGACUAAGAAAUUUCCUCUCAGCUUGGCUACGGUUCUAGUAUAUGACCUUCUGUUUGGAAAGGGACUACAGUGUGGUGGACGAUGGAAAGCCGUGAUCCUUAGCCAUAAGGCACGACUGCAGGCUGAGUUGGCACGGCUGAAGGUGAAAAAGAAGGUCAGCAGCAAUGAGGAUUUGGUGGUCUCUCUUAGGGGUGCAGCUGUGGGCCCUGCUCUACCACGCUAUGUUCGUGUGAACACAAUUAAGACCUGCAUGAGUGAUGUGAUUGCUUACUUUAAACGCCGUGGUUACACGUACUUGGGCAAAGCACGCAGUAUUGAGGAGUUGGCAGAGCUUGGUCAAAAGAAAGGAAAGCGAUUUCUGCAAGACCUGCAUGUCCCAGAUCUAUUGGCCUUCCCUCCUGGUACAGACCUGCACAAGGACUCUUUAUACACAGCGGGUCAUAUCAUACUUCAGGACAAGGCUAGUUGUCUCCCAGCACUGCUCCUGGACCCUCCAGUGGGUUCCCAUGUGAUUGAUGCCUGUGCUGCUCCUGGAAACAAAACAAGCCAGUUGUCGGCAAUAAUACAGAACAAGGGAAAAGUAUUUGCAUUCGAUCUGGAUACCAAGCGCUUGGCCACAAUGAGCACGUUGCUUUUGCGAGCUGGAGUAAUUUGCCAGGAGCUUGCCAAUCAGGACUUCUUGACAGUCAGUCCAGAGGACCCCAAAUACCAGAAAGUCGGCCAUAUCUUGGUGGACCCAUCAUGCAGUGGAUCUGGAAUUCCUGACCAAAUGAGGAUCCUGGCAGAUAAGGAAGAGUCGGCAAAGUCUGAGAGGCUGGAGGCGUUGUCAGGUUUCCAGCGCCGCGCUUUGUCCCAUGCCCUUAGUUUCCCAAAUGUGCAGCGGGUUGUCUACUCCACCUGCUCCAUCCACCAACAGGAGAAUGAGGAGGUGGUAAGGGACGUCCUGGAGCAGCACCCACAUUUCAGUUUGAUAGAUGCUCUCCCAUCAUGGCCCAUGCAUGGACUCAACAUCUUCCCAGGCUCCAGUUGCUGCUUGCGUGCUACUCUAUCAGACACUCUUACCAAUGGCUUCUUUGUUGCUGUUUUUCAGCGAAAGAAGAAAGUGAAUGAGAGCCAUCUUCCGGAGAUACCCGAGGAGACGACACCUACCUGUGAUGUGGAAAUGCCAAACAAUGAGCUGGAGAUCAUACAAAAUAAUGGAAAAGAAGCAGAGACUGAGCUGAUGAAGAUUGCUCACAAAAAGAAGAGGAAAACAAAGUCUCGCAAGAAGAAACAAAAGACAGAUAAGCCAUAAUUAAAUAGACCAUGAUGUUUUGCCUUCAAAAUUCAGAAAAAGUGGGCUGCAGUAGUUACCUGCCUUUUAUUAUGGUUUUGCUCUUUAAUUAAACCCAAAAAUUGCACCGCAUAGAUACAGCUACUGACUGCCUUAUGUAUAUGGACCUCUUCCUGUAGCUAGAACCAGUAGUGAGACUAGGGAUGCACCGAAUCCACUAUUUUGGAUUCAGCCGAACCCCCGAAUCCUUUGGGGAAGAUUCGGCCGAAUACCGAACUGAAUCCUAAUUUGCAUAUGCAAAUUAGGGGUGGGAAGGGGGAAAUUUUUUUACUUCCUUGUUUUGUUACAAAAAGUCACGUGAUAUCCCUCCCUGCCCCUAAUUUGCAAAUGCAGAUUCGGAUUCCGGAUUGGCAGGGCAGAAGGAUCCGGCCGAAUCCUGCUGAAAAAGGCCGAAUCCCGAACCGAAUCCUGGAUUUGGUGCAUCCCUAAGUGAGACCGCAGCUUCCAUCACUAGAAAGACUGAAAAAACCUGCUGCUUUUAUAAAUCUGGUGAUGGAUAUAUCAAUAUACAUAGUACAUGGAUUCCAGUCAGUGCUGUCAGCCCACUAUACAUGUACCACCAAUGAACCUCACUAAAAUCCAUGUAUUAUAGAUUUUAGUCUGUUUAUUGGACAUGUCUGAAAAUAAAAACUGCUGGUCCCCCAUUUCUGCCAUUGUAUGGUUUAUUAGCAGAUUAGCAAAUGAAGAGGAGCCGCAGCUAUUGGUCCAAAUGAGAGUAACAAUAGGAAGGUGGCUAUACCAUGAAAGUUUCCUCUUAUAGUAUCUGUCUGUUCAGCACGCAGCCCAAUGGUUAGAUACUAGGAGUGGUCCGUCUAUGUAUGGCUUAAAGGUAACACCUGCACCAAGUACAUUUUGCUUGAACUCAUGUUUUUUAUUGUAAUAAACAGUCUUUCAGAUGGCAAA